AUGAGAUGUAUGCUGGUUAUAAGAAGAGAUCCUUCAGGCAACAUAGACAUAUCGAAUAUCAGCCCCUUCCGGUCCCUUCUGUUGAAGCAAUAUCGAUCGAGUCAUUGCGCCAUGUCCUCUCCAAAAGUUGCUUUCAUCACCGGAGCGAACGGCAUCACAGGCAGUGCCGUCGCAACGCACCUGUGUCACCAUAGCGAUGCGUCGGAAUGGUCCAAGAUUAUCAUCACCUCCCGCAGUCCAUUGACGCUGCCUCUAGAGGAUCCACGUCUCACCUUCAUCGCGUUGGACUUCAGCAAGCCUGUAUCCGAAUUGGUCCAAUUGAUGGGUACACUAUGCGGAGAGGUGACGCAUGCCUACUUUUCCUCGUACGUCCACAAGGAUGACUUCGCCGAACUCAAUCAGGCCAACGAGAAACUUUUCGAGAAUUUCUUGGAGGCUCUAUGCCAGGUGACCAACGGCACGUUGCAAAACGUCACCCUCCAGACCGGAGGCAAGCAUUACCAGGUUCACUUGAUGCCUGUACCCUCCCCAGCGCGGGAAGAGGAUUCGCGCCGCGAGGCAGCUCUUCCCAAUUUUUACUUCCCGCAAGAGGAUUGCCUCUUGUCCAAGGCGGAGCAACACGGAUUCAGCUGGAAUGUCAUUCGUCCAGAGGCCAUCAUCGGAUGUACACACAAGCCAAAUGGUAUGAACGAGGCCUUGACCAUCGCCAUGUACCUGAUCGUUUCAGCUCACCUCAAGCAGGAGGCCGUCAUGCCAACCAAUCAACGAUACUGGGAAGGUACGGACGACGUCAGUUCUGCCAAAGCGAUCGCUGACCUGACGAUUUUUGCCUCGACCAAACCCGAGGCCGGCAAUCAAGCUUUCAAUGUGACCAACGGCGAUUACUUUUGCUGGCGGUACAUGUGGCCUCGUCUGGCUCACUUCUUUGGCGCCGAUGCCUCUGAAGCAUAUCAAUUCCAGUCGCCCUAUCCCAAGGAAGGCGACCUGCAACUGGAACGUUCCUUGGCGGAAUGGUCGAAAGACAAGCAGGCGGUAUGGGAAGAGAUCUGUGACAAGUACGAUGCUCCAAAAGCGAAGGCUACGUGGGCCUACGGGACCUGGGCUUUCCAGGACUGGGUGUUUCAGCGAACCUGGAGCGCCACCUUGAGCGUCAGUAAAGCACGAAAGUUCGGCUGGACUUAUCAUGUGGAUUCCCACGACAACUUCAUCGAAACUUUUGCGGAGAUGAUUCAGGCGGGCUUGAUCCCUAAGACUCGCUGA